GCACGCGCGCGUCUGCGGAGCGGAGACGUUUGUUGUGUGCGUGCGUAUUUUGCGAAAAUGGCGGCUAAUAUUGUGAAAUGUACGAAAUGUAAUAUAGUUAUUAAUGAACUAUUAGCAUUUAUCCAGAACAAAGCUGACGUGAUGGAUGAAGACUCGCUUAUUCGGAUUUGCAGUGACAGUUUUUCGGAUGGUGAAAUAGUGACGGCUAAGAAGCUGCUUUUUGAUAUAAUACCGGAGUCGACUAGAAAAAUCCGAAGGAAGAAAGAUAAAAGCCGCCGUGAUAUUGAUGAUAUCAUAGGCCUUCUCAAGCUAACGGACCCUGAGAGUGUACCAAUCUUCGUCGCUCGCGACCUGGCAAAAUUACCGCCUAUUUUGUUUGACCACAUAGAUGUAACUAGACUGCUAAAAGACAUACUUGUGUUGCAAAGUGAUGUGAAAAACAUAAAAAGCAAUUUUGCUACUUCUGCAGAGGUGAUCGAGUUAAAGAAUGAGAUGGAAAACCUGAAGCAAGCCUCCCUUGUAUGUAACAAAUAUAACUUUGUAAACAAUAAGCGAGGAGCCUUUAUCGAUAAUCUUGAUUGUUACGACAGUGGACCCAUGGCUCUAUACACACCAGACCCAAAAAGUUCUGAAAUAUCAAAUUUGGCGAUAAAUAAUGAGUGCGAGGGUAGACAACAACAAAAAUCGGUCUCAACGGCAAGUUGUGUUAAAAGUUCGGAAGGUAUGUGCUCGGGCGCGGUCGCCCCACUUGUUCAAAUGGAUGUCGAAACUACUCAUACGCGUGAGCGAGAAACUGUAUCGAAGUUACCUGUCGCUAUCUCAGUCUCUCCGACUAUCGCAGCGCCACCGACACGGAAGGUGGUGCCCCCGUGCAACUUGACGGCUGCUGUCAAUGUCACAGUCAAUGACAGAAUGUUUCACCCACCAGUUGCUAAUUUGGAUGUAAACAGUAAUAAAUCGGCUAGUAGUCAAGCGUCUAUGUCGAAUAUUAUGAGGCAACGUAAAACAGGUCAUAAUAAUGUGGAGGAAUGGCAAACUGUUUCAAAAAAGAAGCGGAAAAGAGUGAGUGGGAACAUGGGAAAAGCAGACGUAAGCCCGGACAGUACUUUCAAGGCAGCAGAUGUUAAGAUUCCUAUCUAUAUUUCCAAUGUUAGUAAGGAUACUCAAGAGAGUGAUAUUGUAACAUAUAUUAAAAGCAAAACAAAUGAAGAGGUCGCAUUGUAUAAAAUUAAUAGACAGUCUGAGAAAAGCUAUAACUCCUUCAAAUUGUAUAUAUCCAAAAAUAAGUUAGAUGUAUUUCUGGAUAAAGGCUUAUGGCCAAGCGGAAUUUCCUUCAGACGUUUUGUGAAGAAUAACUUGCCAAUAGAUAAAAGCAGUAUAAAGCAUAACUUAGAAUCAAAUGAUAAUGGACCACAACAACCUACAAACCUGUAAAUUAAUAAGCUUUAAUUGCAAAUCAGUAAAACGGUCAUUUGAAGCUGUGCAAUCAUUAUGUGAGAUAUGCGACAUUAUAGUCCUGCAGGAGACAUGGCUGUAUGACUAUGACAUCCCUUUACUGAGCAGUAUCCAUGAGAAUUUUGAGUAUACAGGAAAAUCAUCUAUGGAUUUGUCAACUGGCCCACUAAGAGGUCGACCCUACGGUGGUUUAGCUAUCCUGUGGAGGAGCGGAGUGUUUGAUUCAGUUUCAGUGAUAGAAUGUAAUAGCGACCGUCUCUCGGCAAUCAAGGUAACGCUGGCAGACCGGCAAAUUCUAGUUAUUAAUGUGUACAUGCCGACAGAUGAGAUUCCAAACUUAAUUGAGUUUACUCAAUGUCUUAGUGAAAUGAGUGCAAUUGUUGAGUCUUGUGAUGUGGAAAGUGUCUAUAUGCUGGGAGACUUUAAUGCCCACCCCGGUGAGUCUUUUUACUCAGAACUUUUAAACUUUUGUGCUAUGGAACAGUGGACUUGUGCAGACAUAGAAAGGCUUAAUUCAGUCCCCAAUACUUUUACAUUUAUAAGUGAUGUGACUGGUUCUAAGCGCUGGCUUGACCAUUGUGUGGUUACAGAACAGGCUCGUGAUACAAUAGCUGAUAUAAGUAUUAUGUAUGAUGUUUUAUGGUCUGAUCAUUUCCCAAUGAUUAUAGAAUGUAAUUUUAGUGUCAUUAAACCUAAGUUUGUAACCCCUUAUUCAUUACAUAAUAAAGCUAUCUGGGGUGAAAGAAAUAUUGAGCAAAUUAGAGAGUACUAUCACCUAUGUAACGAUUCACUCAAGGAUGUUGACUAUCCCCAUGAACUUGGCCUUUGUAAUAACAGAAAUUGUAAUAUUUUUGAGCAUAGAGUUGUACUAGAUGUCAUGUAUGAAAGUAUUGUCAAAAUUUUAACUAAGGCUGCUGAAGAGACUCAUGUGGAUUGUCAACAUAUAAAGCAUAAAGCCCAAAUGGUGGGCUGGAACAGACAUGUUAGGGAGGCACACGGGUUGGCUAGGUCUAAGUAUCAGAUUUGGCUUUGGCAUAAUCAGCCUUUGACAGGUCCUAUAUUUAAUGAUAUGCGUGCUACACGUAAGAUAUUUAAGAGCAAACUAAAGUGGUGCCAAAAGCACCAAGAACAAAUUAAGCUGGAUAUUAUUGCUGAACAUCGUAAAAAUAAAAAUUUCAAAAAGUUUUGGAAAUCUACAAAUAAACUUGAUAUUAGACCCAGUCUUCCCGUGACUGUGGGUGAUGCCAACGAGCCUAGUACUAUCGCCGAUAUGUUUGUCCGGCACUUCCAAGUCCAGUCACCACUUGGUUUGUCUAGCAAGGUGGUUGAUAAUGGGACCUGUUGUGACUCUGAUCAAAUUCGUUUUUCAGCUAAACAGGUAGAUGAUGUCAUUAAAAAAAUGACUCGGGGAAAGUCCCCUGGUCAUGAUGGGCUCUCCAUAGAACACUUGCAGCAUGCUGGCCUUCACCUCAAUAGAGUAUUGGCUAUGUUUUUCUCCUUGUGUUUUGGUCAUUCUUACCUGCCCGACAGCCUCAUUAAAACUAUUGUGGUACCAGUCAUUAAAAAUAAAACUGGGGAUGUAACUGACAAAAAUAAUUACCGGCCCAUUUCGUUAGCAACAAUUAUUGCAAAGGUAUUGGAUAGUUUGAUGGAUAUUGAAUUGGAAAGCUACUUGAACUUACAUGAUGCCCAGUUUGGUUUUCGUUCUAAUCUGUCCACUGAGAGUGCUAUCCUGGUACUGAAGAAUACUGCACACUAUUAUACACAGCGACAUACACCUAUCUAUGCUUGUUUUCUAGACUUCUCACGAGCAUUUGACCUUGUGUCUUAUGACAUUCUCUGGGAGAAGCUCAGGGAAAGAAAUAUCCCUGCGGAGUUGUUGGGUAUUUUUCAGUAUUGGUAUCAGAACCAAUCUAACAAUGUCAGAUGGGCCAACCAGCUAUCUGUGUCCUAUGGUCUGAAUUGUGGGGUCAGGCAGGGGGGAAUCACCUCACCCAAGUUGUUCAACCUCUAUAUUAAUGACCUGAUAGUUGGACUCAGCAACAGACAUAUCGGUUGCAGAAUUGAUGAUAUCAGUAUUAACAAUAUCAGCUAUGCUGAUGAUAUGGUUUUGCUUAGUCCAACUGUCAGGGCGCUACGGGAACUGCUUGGUUUAUGUGAGCAAUAUGCACGGCAGCACGGUUUGCUAUAUAAUAUUAAUAAAAGCGAGUUUAUGGUCUUUAAGGCGGCCGGCGGUAGGUGCCCAGUCUCUGUGCCUGAUAUCAAGUUGAACGGACAAUGCCUAAAACGGGUGUACUCGUUUAAGUACUUAGGGCAUAUUGUCGACGACCGUCUUAGGGAUCAAGCCGACAUUGAAAGGGAGCGCAGGGCGCUGGCGGUCCGGUGUAAUAUGUUGGCACGUAGGUUUGCACGAUGUAGCCAGCAGGUUAAAGCGUCAUUGUUUAAAGCUUACUGUCAGGUGUUUUACACGUGCAGCCUAUGGGCUAACUAUACGCAGCGGGCCAUUAGUGACCUGCGAGUCCAAUACAAUAAUGGCUUUAGGAUGAUGUUUGGGCUGUCUCGCAGGUGUAGUGCAUCAGAUAUGUUUGCUCAGGCGCAUACUGAUGAUUUCUUUGCAAUCAUGAGAAAAAGAGCUGCCUCUAUGCUCAAGAGAGUUCGCAGCAGUACAAACACCAUCCUGAAAACCAUUUCCAACCGGUAUGACUCGCCCUUGCUGAUGUCAUGGGUAAAACUGUGCAUCACAGGACGCCAAAUUGUGGCAAAAUAAAAAUUUGUUUAUUUUGUAUUUAUUACUAACAUAGCAAGUAAGUAUAAAUUGUUACUAAUAUUUAUGGACUGUUUUGAUGGUCUGAAAUAAAGAUGAUUAUUAUUAUUAUAUUA